AUGGCAUCACCAGUCAAGUUUGAUAUUCCGGCGUCCGCUCGCUCCUUCACUUGCUUCUCGCGUCUGCCGCCCGAAAUCCGAGAGCAGAUCUGGGAGGAUGCCAUUUUCGAACCUGGCAUGCACUUCCUACGCCUCAGGACUGCAGCUCGCAUCACACAUUACCCCUCUCCAAUGCCGACAGGGUCACUCGGUGACCAGGAUACCAAGGACGAAGAUGAUGUCCUUCUCGACUUUGCUCGAGAGAGUGUACCUACGAGGGUUUGGCCUGCCAUACUAGAGCCCCGAUACCCGACACCCCAAGCCAACAUCUCCAACUAUAUAUCUGCCAAUCGAGUCCUCGAAAAGCUUUCCGCUACUUGCUUCGAGUCAGCCAAGGUCGUUCGACGCCUGACGAGCGCACCUGGUGGCUUAAAGCUGAAGGGCGACCGCGUCGUCUCGCUUGGCGGCUCUUUUGACAUCGUGUGCCUCGAGUACCUGUCCGCAGACGACUUUCGAAGCUGGUGUCGCAUGUCGCAGUCCAUUAAAUGCAAUGAACUUGCCAAUAUCCGCCACGUCGCCAUCCCCUACUGUCACGCAUGGGAAACCAGUGUUAGCGGCUUUCGGUGCGGUCAUUGCGGCACCCGCUACUCCGGCCUCGCCACCAAAGUCUACCCUGUCCACCUCUACGAAUUCCUCGCCAAGUAUCUGCCCAACCUAGAAACAUUCUACUUCAUUGACUAUUUAAUAGUUGAGAAGGACAAAAGUAUUGACUCUCUAGAAUUCAGUCCGGCCCAGAUCACUACUUCGGACCAAGCCGCCGCCCCAUCGUUCGAUAUCAGACCCCAGGACUCUUCCCUUGAGCCGUCUAAGAAGCUAACCAGCAACACAAAGAGAGAGAUCGAACCCCGGAGGGCGAACCCGGCGGCGAAGGCUGUGCCACCUGGUUUCAAAUGCCAAGGCAGAGUUUUUCACGAACCCGACGAGGAUCACUGGGAUGUCAAGUCUAGAGUAGUCGACACCAUAUCCUGGUUACAGAAGAGGUUCAUCCUCUACGCCACUCAAAGCAAGAACAGCAGGCAUGCACACCCCGAAAAGGUCCGAUUCAAGGUUUUGGCAUGCAAAUGGAAUGAGAGAGAACCCGAUACACAACCGAGAGUGAAGAGAGCUGCGCCUACUGUCAAGAAAACCUCAACAAAGAAGCCCCAAGCACAGUGCUACAAGCAAGAUGUGCCACCGGCUCAAGAACAAAAGGCCCCUUUGGCACCACCAUCAUCGCCGCCACUUCCUGUUCCUACCAAGGGAUUCAAUUACGUCUUUGGCAGAGAAGAUGGAUGUAACUUCAGCUUCAGUCAAGCAUCUGGAUUGUGAUGGACUGGAUACAGCUUACCGCCGGGUUGGCGAGAUGUGAAUUGAAGAAAUUCACGGACGAGAUUCUAGAAGCAUUGAGUCUUUACCAAUUCCACAGCCCCGGCGAUGGCAGGGAACAAAUCGCGCAAUCCGGGCGGUUACAAAGUAGGGAGGUCAGUCGUGUCUAAGUUGUUGAUGCUGGCGGCGACGAAAGGCUUAACACGGAGGGUGCAAGCAAUCCUAGGAAGACCUCUUAAUAUUAAUGAUAGCACACGACAGAAACUUUUGGCGUGAAUGAAUUCAUUAAUG